CCUCCAAUAAUUAUAUUCAAUAGUACAGUGUUUAGUAACCACAAGAUAGACGCAGUAUAAAUAAUCUUCCCCAGACAAGAAAUAAUCACAACACAGCUAGAUACGACCACAGUCAACUGGGAUAAAAAGUUUCAAUAUGAAGUCGUGUGUAUUGUUGGCAUUAUUGAGCUUAGUUGCUGUAGCUUGGGGAAGGCCACAACAUUAUACUGACAAAUGGGAUAACAUCAAUGUGGAUGAAAUUUUGGAGUCUCAACGUCUCCUGAGGGGAUAUGUUGACUGCUUAGUUGACAAGGGUCGUUGUACAUCAGAUGCAAAGACUCUGAAGGAAACUUUGCCUGACGCGCUGGAAAACGAUUGCAAGAAAUGUACGGAAAAACAAAAGACAUCGGCUGAUAAAGUUAUUCGUCAUUUGGUUAACAAACGGCCAGAUUUAUGGAAGGAACUCGCAGGAAAAUAUGAUCCUAAGGAUAUCUACCAACAAAAGUACAAGAACAAGAUUGAAGCUGUUAAAGAGAAGCACUAAAACAAUUUCCAUGAAAAUGGAAGCAGGGUCUAUAUAAUUGGUUUAAACUAUUGUUCGGAAAAAAACAAAAAAAAAACUCUGUUAUUAAACAAUUUCUUUUGAUGAUAAUAAAUAGUUUGAAUAUGAAA